AUGGAUGAUCAUACCAAAGUUGCCAUCAGUCUCGUGAAGGGAAAUGAUGGUGCAACACCAUUGGUCUUUAGCAUAGACGACAUCAGGAAACUUCGAAAUUCGGGCACAUCAGGAAUACUAAGUGGUACCUUGCCAUCGGCAGCGCAACAAAAUGGAUUCUUAAGUGUACCGCUACGGCUUAUGGUGGAAGAAGCUUUGUGGCUUGUUGAGACCGGAAUGGCGUUUUUCAUCACCGGGCCAGAAAGCGUCACAGCUGCAGCCGAGACGAUAACUUUGGGGGAAAUGGAAUGCACGCUGCGCGAACAGGAGCGUUCUUUUGAAGAGCAACGAUCAUUUAAACAACAACAGCAUGCCGAAAAACUAGCUAAACUAGGGUUGCCAGUCGACGAGGGAAGAGUUUCUUCUACUCUACUGGAGUCUUCACUUUUCGUCGAAACACCCAGCACGUCAGAGUUGGUGCCAAAAAUGGCUGACCACAAUUCGUCGCACCAACAAAAGCUUUGGAAAGAACUUUACAACGGCCUCAAAAAUUCCGGAGACUACUACGUUUACCAGGCCUUAAAAUCGCAAAAUUACUUCCUGUCCCCGGGUGCAAGGUUCGGCGGCAGGUUUAUAGCCUAUCCUGGUGAUCCACUGAGGUAUCACUCCCAUAUGACUGUGCAGCCGGCUCUAGACUACAGCCGUGAUCCACUUAACCUUCUGCAAGUAGUUAGCGGAGGCAGGCUAGGAACAGGUGUCAAGAAAUUGUGGGUCGUGGCAGGUGUAAAAUUACGUGAAGAAGGAGAGACUGAGAAAGAUGUGUCGUUUUUUUCCAUCGAGUGGGCAGGUUUUGGCUAG